AUGUUCCUUACACUAGCUCUAUGUUUUCUGCAGUGGGUGGAAUCGGUACUGGCGGAACAAAGAGAAGCGAGAGCGCCGGGAGGUCUGUCGGCGCUGCACGUGGCGGCGGCUGUGGGACACCCCGAGGUGGUGCAGCUGCUCAGCCGGGGCUUGGCGGUGCACGGCCAAGACGCCUGCGGCUGGACGCCGCUGCUCUACGCCGCCGCCUGCGCGGACGCCGGCCGCCGCCGGCACACGGUGCUGGCGCUGCUGGAAGCGGGCGCCGACGCGGGCUACGAGGCGCCCUCUGGCGACUCGGCGCUCUCCCUCGCGGCGUUAGCCCGGCGUCUGGACGUGGUGACGGAUCUCGCCGAGCCAAUGUUGCUGUACAAGCCUCAGAAUGGCUGGACCUACUUACACUGGGCCAUCCAUUCCAGAAACGUCCAGGUAAUCAGAGCGCUGAUCGCCGCUGGCCACAAGGUGUCGACCAAAGACAAACAGGGCUCGACAGCUCUGCACCUCGCAGCAGAAGAAUUCUAUGUAGAGGGUGCGCGUAUCUUGCUGGAAGCUGGAGCCAAAAUCGAAAAAAAGGACAAAUCGGAUCACACGGCGCUCGUACUUGCUGCGCAGAGAGGGCAGGGAGAGAUGGUAAAGUGCCUAAUGGGUCAUAAACCAGAUCUUAAGAAAACUAAUUUCAUUAGUUGGACGGCAUUACACUAUGCAGCCCGUAAUGGACCACCAGAGGUGGUGAAGUACCUUAUAGACCAAGGAGCAGACGUUAAUGUUCGUGACUUGAACGGCUGGAAACCAAUACACGUGGCAGCUCGUUAUUCUGAUGAUGAGGUGGUCGCUGCCCUUUUGAGUGGUGGGGCUGACCGCACGGAGACGCUGCCCCACGUAGCGUCGCCGCUGAGACUGGCGGUGGUGGCGGCGCAGCCGCGCUCCGUGAGGCGGCUGCUCGCCGCGGGCGCCGGGCCCGCCGACGACUGCCUGCUGGCGCUGGCCACCAGCGACGACUGCAACGACGUCGACGACGCGGCCAGGCCCGAGGUGGCGCGCAUCCUGCUGGCUGCCGGCGCGCGCGCCGACCCUGCCACCGCGCAGGAGGCGCGCAAGCGCGGGUUCGCGCUCCUCGCCGCUACCAUAGAGGCGGCUGCCCGCUGA